CAUAGUUUCGGCUGCCGGAGGAGAAUCAACGCUUGCAACGAUUUUUCUCAACGUUCUAUUGUACCGUAAACCUUGGAGGGUUUAUGGGGACGAUUGUGACACCAAUGUUAAGACGCAGUAUCAUGUGUUUUGGUGAUGAUACCUGCUAUGCCCUUGGAUUUGGCUUUCCUUCCUUGCUUGUCCUCAUAUCUAUUGUGACGUUCGUUGCUGGGAAGCCAUGGUAUAGAAUAAAAAAGCCGCGAGAUGCAAUAACCUUCAGGUUUCUAGCUUGUACAUGGUACGCAUUAAAGAAGCGCCUCCAACAUGACAGGAAGACAGAUGGCCCGCCUCCGGAACACUGGCUGGACUUUUCCGUCUCAAAAUAUGGACGUAAACUCGUUGAAGAUAUGAAAGUUGUGUGUUCCAUACUCUAUCUAUACAUACCCGUUCCAAUAUUCUGGUCCCUCUUUGAUCAACAGGGUUCCCGUUGGACGUUUCAAGCUUCGAGGCUGCGAAGUGAGCUGUUUGGGGUAGCUCUAAUGCCUGAUCAGUUGCAAGUCAUGAAUCCUGCAAUGGUGCUUUUUAUGAUACCAGUGUGCCCUGGUGGAGCAUGGCCGCUCUUACCCGAUCUUCAACCGCUACACAAAAUGUUUCUUGGUGGGAUACUUGCUUCUUUGGCUUUCGUCGCAGCUGGCAUUCUGCAGAUCGGUAUUGAGCGAUCAACUCUUCAAGUACCAGGGCACCAGCAAACCGGACUGGUUUUAUUGAAUACACUGGCAUGCCCCAUAGAGGUUGCGGUUAGAGGUGAAGGUAUAGCACCAGUCGAGGAGCAGGGAACAGCUCUCAUGACUCCUCUUGAAAGCCAACGGUUUUUUAUAUCAGCCAGUUGCCCCCUGGACUGUGCUGGAAGGAUCAUGAAACGACAUAUGAUUACAGCACAGCUUAAUACGGCGCCUGAAGUGUUUAUGCCUAUUAUAGUGGGACAAAACUCUGACGACGAAAUUUCUUUAUAUUUCAUGGAUCCGAAUCCUUUCAUGAAAUCUUUAACGGGGAAACCCAAAUUAAAGGUGGUGUACAUAGGUGACUGCGGUCCAAAUAAAAAUGUCUCAAUUUCUGUGGAAACAGAGAAACAACUCAGCGAUAUUUACUACGUCUCUAACACUCCAAUUGACCACAUCGGAGAAUCCGCUUACAUGUGCUUACAGCCCGGGAAGUUCAGAUGGCACGCGAAAAGUGCUGGUGGUGAGGUGACAGGUUCCGGUGAGGGUUAUCUUCGCCCUGGUGGUGUUUACGUUCUAUGCCUGCGCGAGAGACUUGGUCGAUUGGACGCAGCGGUGCUGCAUUCACCGAAUCCACCAAACGAACUUCACCUUGCAUGGAUAGUACCUCAAUAUCUUCUUAUAUCAAUUGCGGAAAUUAUGUUUGCGGUUUCUGGACUUGAGUUUUCAUUUACCCAGGCGCCAAAAUGUAUGAAGACCAUCACCAUCGCAGCUUGGUACAUGUCCGUUGCUAUUGGAAAUCUUAUCGUGAUUUUAGUUGCGCAAAUUAAGAUCUUCGAUUCACGAGCUAAAGAAUUUUUCGCCUAUGCCGGUAUACUUACGAUUGCUAUGCUAGUGUUUUUUAAAAUGUCUCAAGGCUAUUGUACUCGAACAAUGGAGGGUGACGGUUCAUCGACGGAAAGCCACCCCUUGCUACGUCAUCAUUCUAGGGUUAUAUCCGUACAUUCAUUAUCAACAAGAACAAGGACGUAUAGUAGACCGGAAAGCAGCGAAGCUUCGUGUAUAGGACUAAUGGAGAAGCAGAAAACAAAAGCUUGGCCUCCUCAUGCCUUUGUUAAUUUAGCUACACCAAGUACAAGUGAUCUUAAAGCUACGACUCUAGCUAAGUAACUGUUACUUGAUAAAUUGUAAGAAAUUUUCAACGAAUAAAACGAUUUCAAAUUUAAGAACAACGCGGUGAAAAUCCCAUUCUAAGCAAAUCUUAUUUUCCAGUUCCCUAUUUUGUAAAAGUCAAUCAUCAAGUUUACAGUUCAGUGAGUCGUUUUCACGCGUUUACACGAAAUUCCAGAGCUGCACUAGAAAAUCGCCCGACUGGUCGGCAUUCGAUAAAGUGCAUGAACAUGGUAAAGAAUGUCCUUUGGUAUGCACCCUUAGCACGCGCUAUACCUUUUCCCACGUAUACGUUAUAAAGAUAUCUUUGACAACUUGUUAGAUUUUUACUGAAUGUUCUUUCGCCCAUGGCAAUGAGGCGUUAAUUAAAGUUUUCUAUAGAAAAGCUAGCGGACCCGGAACACGUACGUGUUUACACACGCACGCAAUUUAGGGAUAUGUAUGCUAGGAAGCGACUCUAUUUAAUUAGCAUACUCCCAUUUUAAAAAGAAACACAUUUAUGAUUGAAUUUUA